AAUGUAACAGAAUGAUAGAAAGUGCAGCACAGUUAAGGACUAGGUGGGAAGACUGGAAGAAAUGGGGGCAGAAGUUUGAGAAAUGAAUUGGUGUAAUGCUCCAGAUUUACCAGAGAUGCUGGUUAGUAUUCAAAAAAGCUUCAAGCAAAGGGCCAAAGAGGCUGGAGAAAUUCUCAGAUGAACGAGCUGCUUACUUUAGAUGCUAUCACAAGGUCACAGAGCUCAAUAAUGUGAAGAAUAUUUCACGAAUGCCAAAAACCACAAAGAAGCAUGCUGUCGGGAUUUAUUUUAAUGAUGACACCUCCAAAACCUUUGCUUGUGAGUCAGAUUUUCUGGGCAUUUAUACAGAACUUGAGGCAGAUGAGUGGUGCAAGGUACUGCAGAUGGAGUGUCUUGGAACACGGAUUAAUGACAUUAGCCUUGGAGAGCCUGACUUGUUGGCAUCAGGAGUGGAGAGGGAGCAGAGUGAGAGAUUCAAUGUGUAUUUGAUGCCAUCCCCUAAUUUAGAUGUGCAUGGGGAAUGUACCUUGCAGAUAACAUUUGAGAAUAUCUGUCUUUGGGACAUCCAGAAUCCCAGACUAAAACUCAUCUCUUGGCCAUUAAGUGCCCUCCGACGCUACGGGCGGGACCCAUCUUGGUUCACGUUUGAAGCAGGGAGAAUGUGCGACACAGGAGAAGGACUAUUCAUCUUUCAGACACGAGAUGGAGAAGCAAUCUAUCAGAAGGUUCACUCGGCUGCUCUCGCCAUAGCAGAACAACAUGAGCGCCUGUUACAGAGUGUGAAAAAUUCAAUGCUGCUUGAGUUAAAACUCCCCUCAGGGGAAGCAGUGCUAGCACAGGACCAGGGGAGCAUAAAGCUUCAGAUGAAGAUGAGCGAGCGAGCCGUGUCCCUCAGCACCAUGGUGCCCUUGCCCCGCAGUGCCUACUGGCAGCACAUCACGCGACAGCACAGCACUGGCCAGCUCUAUGGCCUGCAAGAUGUUUCUAGCCCAGCAAAGCUUCAUCGGACGGACACUUUUCCAACGUACAGAUCAGACCAUCGAUAAAGGACUGUAAAAACUUUACAAACUCUGUCUUCUGACAAACUGCCCCAAUGGAUGACACCGAUGACAAGCAAGGAUAGAAAUGCUGAAAAGUUCCAAGUUGGAUGAAAAAUUCUUGCAGUACAAAUUUAUUUUUUUUUCAAACUUUGUCAAAAGUUAAAAUGAUUCUGUAGAUAGUGAGGAGGAGAACACAACCAUCAGGCCCUCCAGUGUUUCUUUUGUAUCUUACAGCUGGACAGAGAAGUCACUCCCUAAAUAUUUCCAAAUGUUUUUUGUAUAAGUAUGUUGUAAAUAUGAGACUCUCCUGUUGUGGUGUGGUUUCAUUUUGUCUGUUACGGCUGUUGGUUCCCUGAUGUCAGCUGUCAACUUUGUCUGUUGUAAUGCUUAUCUUCAGUUAUUAACAUUACAGUUCAGCAUAACCCCUGACCUUUGAAAUAGUGGCCAG